AUGGAUCCUUCUAAUGAGAAACAGUUGCAUAGCCUAACAUCUACGCCGGUUAUGAAUGCCAUUGAGGAAGAAGAGGAUAUGCCUCCUACACCAAUUGAACCAGUUGCAUCAGAGUUUAAGACACCAUACCUGGGAGAUGCAACUUCUAAUUUAUCAUCUACGGAUCUUUUUCAAACAGCUAAGGCGACUUUUCCUAAUUCACAAGUACAGAACAAAUUCAUGUCCCCACCAGUAGCAAAUUUCUACUCUCUAAAGGAUGGCAAUGAUUCUAGUUCCAGUCUUAUAUACAAUUCAGGGUUCACAUUUGGUGGCAGUAAUAAGAACGGGGGCAACAAUACACCUACAACAAACACCCCUACAAAAAAUGUUCCUGUUCCAGCAACUUCUAAUAUUAAAAGAGAACCUAGAAGGAAUUCUCUCAAAUAUAUACCUGGUUCAAAAUUGGCCCCACCCCCACUUUCAAGAAAUAGAUCUCCAAUGAGAAAUACAUCACCUGAAGUAAUACCGACAUCGAAAAGAUCGUCUACAUAUUUAGAAUCUCCAUUUAAUUUUGCCGAGGCGUAUAAUGAAGCACCAACUACAACAAUUACAUCACCACAUAAGUCAACUCCACCCACAUCAGCAGGUUCAAGGGCCUCAUUCCGUAAGGGGCAUCGUUAUAAACAUUCUUCUGUGUCUAUGAAUUUUUUCCAGGAUGCUGAAGUGAAGAUCCCUUUGAAUAUUGCGAAAUCUUUACCCAUUCCUGAUUUAAGUGAUAUUUUCCAGAAUCUACCAUGGCCUAAAGCACACAUACAGAUUGCUAUUGUAUCCCUGCAGCUUAUGUUGGGUAUCUGUAUCUUUCUUGUAGGGAAUGCCAAAGCAUGGAGCAAUUUCAUUACACUGUCACACUUCAUAACUUAUGAUAUAAUAGGUUCUCUUGCUAUCAUUUUUAUCGAAACAUUGUCUCAAUUUGAAGCAUGGUUCACAGGGACUAUUACAUUCCCAUUUGGACUAAACAGAGUGGAUGUGUUAUUAAGUUUUGCUUUAGCUGUAUCCUUAUGUUUUGUGGGGUUGGAUCUAUUAUUUCAUAUGUUAGAAGAAUUUAUUGCAAUUUUUGUUGAAGCAUCUAAACCAGAACAUCACGGCGACAUUGUUGCUCAAAUACCCCACUCACACCACGAUGGUAUGGAAGCUGGGCAAUUGAUUUCUGGAAGUAAUAUUACUAUGUGGUAUACUAUUGUACUUUCCAGUCUAGUCUUGGCAACAUUAUCAUUAUACAAAACGUUUUACGCUAACACAAAUAGUAAAUUGAAGACAAAAAAUCCAAUAAUCACAAUAAUAUACUCGUUUUACCUAUUAAUUUUCCCUAGUUUACCUGACAAUUUGUCAAGUAUAUCUGAUUAUAUUGCAUCUUUCUUGAUCUCCAUGUUUAUUUUGGUGCAUGGUUUGACAAUCGCGGAAUGGACUUCAACUAUUUUAUUAUUGGGGUUCUCAACUACGGUAUUACCAACAUCAGCAUUCUUACUAGACCAGGACACUCAUUCUCACGAUCAACUAGAGGAUAUAAAUAGUCAUAAUGAAAAAAUGAAUGUUAGUGCAAGCAAUUUAAAUAAUGCAAUCAUUGGCCGCAAACGAUCAAAAAGCUCUUUACCUGUAGCUACAUCCAUGAAAAAUCACUAUCACAAUAGUGAUGAUUCAAUCUUACACACAUUCUUUUCUAUUUUCAAACAUAAUAAACUUGUGAAUUCAAAGAAAUUUAAUAAUCCAUCCAAUAUCAAAGCAAUUAUUAAGGAACAAAUAGAGAGUUUAUCAGAAUUUAAAUCAAGAUGUCAUCUAAAUGACGGUGACUUGGUAAUCAUUAAAACCAACUUUAGUCUAUUUGUAGUACUAUUAAAGAUCGACUUGAAGGGUGGUUCUAACGAUGACGAGAUAGCAUUAAGACUAGCUGUCGAUAAAUGUAUCAAAAAAUGCUUACCCAACUCCGAGACCACAAUAGAAAUUGAUAGAAUUUAA